AUGAGAGAACACCAAGAAAGAGUCAACAAAAUACCGGGUGCCCCAAAACUCUUGCCAAAAAGAGAUGUUGGUCGGUUCGUCGAGCAACCCUACAAUGAUGAAGCCGCCCCUCAUGCCAUACCCAAGACGUUCAAGAUGCCGCCUUAUCUGAAAAUUUAUGACCGUACGACCGACCCCGAAUUUCAUGUAACUCACUAUGUUACUGCAGUAAAGGGCAAUGAUCUCACAAAAGAACAAGUCUCCUCCAUCUUGCUGAAAAGGUUCGGCGAGACCCUUACCGGAGGAGCAUUGACUUGGUAUUCACAGCUGCUCGCGCGCUCCAUUAAAACAUUUGAAGAGAUGGCUGACAAGUUCGUAACAGCCCAUGCUGGGGCUAAAAAGGCGCAGGCAAGAGUGAACAAUAUAUUUGCCAUCAAACAAUCACCCAGAGAGGGAUUGAGGGACUUCCUCACUCGAUUCAACAGAGUAAGGAUGACCUUACCGAAUGUAUCUGAAGGAAUGGUUGUAGCAGCUUUCCAGAACGGGCUGAACAGGAAUGGCUCGAGGGCGACCAGAAAACUAUUAAACCGGCUUAUGAAAUAUCCACCAACUACUUGGGAUGAAAUACACAAUGCCUACUGUGCCGGCGAAGACGACCUGAAUGGGCCGACUCAUCGAUUGACCUCGGUACAAGCCGAAACCAGGAAGGAUCGAAGAAAUGAUGCCAAGAGAGAUCUUACAGCUCCACAAUCCAACCGAGAAAGGCAUAAGCCAUAUGUCAGAAGCGCCAUCAUGCCCCUCUCCCGCUACGAAGAGGGGCCAUCUAGGCCAAGGACAGGGACUCACCGGAAUGAGAGAGUCCGCGAGAAGGUCGAAAAAUUAUUAGAAAACGGCUCCAUCAGGGAAUCAAAAUAUCCCCAGUGGGUCGCCAAUGUGGUCAUGGUAAAAAGGAAGAACGGAAAGUGGUGGAUGUGCGUAGACUUCACGGAUUUAAACAAAACAUGUCCUAAAGAAUUCCCGCUACCACACAUCGGCCAGCUCAUUGACGCAAUGGCCGGGCAUGAACUGUUGAGCAUCUUAGAUGCCUACUCGAGCUACAAUCAGAUCCUUAUGGAAGAGGAAGACCAUGAGAAGACUACCUUUGUCACCCACCAAGGAACGUACUCCUACAGGGUGAUGCCCUUCGAACUAAAAAAUGCGGGGGCGAAAUAG